UUCCAUCCCACUCCCCAGAGAAUGGAGAAAACGGGUGCGAAAGACUUCAAUUCGCUUUGACUGCAGAAAAAUACAGAGGUGGCGCAGGAUCCACACAUCCCAUGGGGGCAGACCCAGCGGCGGAAGCCUGGACAGGCGGCGGGGGAAGGGCGCUGCGACGCCCCGGUGCCCCCUCCUUCGACGCCACUGGCAUCCCCUCCGAAAACAGCAGGCUCGAAGGUGCCCCGCCACGGGGGCUGGACGCGGUGGAGGCGGGCUCAUCAAGCACGACCAGAGCUCAGUCGGCCACACGUCCUCCUCAACGUCACCGUCUCCCUGCUCUCCCACCCCGCGCCGCUGCACCUCCCUCCCCCGGCAACCUGGGCUGGAGUCCCAAGCUCCGCCCCAGAGCGGACUCACAGUCCCCACGCUCCCUCCCGCGCUGCACCCACCGCGCGGCCGGGGCUGCCAUGGCAACCCUACGCCGCCGCCGCCUCUUCACGCACGUCGCGAACUAACGGACUCUCGGCGGCGGCGGCGGCCGCGGCCUGCGCCCCACCCCCAACCCAUCUGGACCGCAUCGCCGGCUGUGCCCGGACCUGCGCCUUCUAGGUAUCUGAAAGAAGAUGAAUUUGGCUGAGAUUUGUGAUAAUGCAAAGAAAGGAAGAGAAUAUGCCCUUCUUGGAAAUUACGACUCAUCAAUGGUUUAUUACCAGGGAGUGAUACAGCAAAUUCAGAGACAUUGCCAGUCAGUCAGAGAUCCAGCUAUCAAAGGCAAAUGGCAACAGGUUCGGCAGGAAUUAUUGGAAGAAUAUGAACAAGUUAAAAGUAUUGUCAGCACUUUAGAAAGUUUUAAAAUCGACAAGCCUCCAGAUUUCCCUGUGUCCUGUCAAGAUGAACCAUUUAGGGAUCCUGCUGUUUGGCCACCCCCUGUUCCUGCAGAACACAGAGCUCCACCUCAGAUCAGGCGUCCCAAUCGAGAAGUAAGACCUCUGAGGAAAGAAAUGGCAGGAGUAGGAGCCCGGGGACCUGUAGGCCGAGCACAUCCUAUUUCAAAGAGUGAAAAGCCUUCUACAAGUAGGGACAAGGACUGUAGAGCAAGAGGGAGAGAUGACAAGGGAAGGAAGAAUAUGCAAGAUGGUGCAAGUGAUGGUGAAAUGCCAAAAUUUGAUGGUGCUGGUUAUGAUAAGGAUCUGGUGGAAGCCCUUGAAAGAGACAUUGUAUCCAGGAAUCCUAGCAUUCAUUGGGAUGACAUAGCAGAUCUGGAAGAAGCUAAGAAGUUGCUAAGGGAAGCUGUUGUUCUUCCAAUGUGGAUGCCUGACUUUUUCAAAGGGAUUAGAAGGCCAUGGAAGGGUGUACUGAUGGUUGGACCCCCAGGCACUGGUAAAACUAUGCUAGCUAAAGCUGUUGCCACUGAAUGUGGUACAACAUUCUUCAACGUUUCCUCUUCUACGCUGACAUCUAAAUAUAGAGGUGAAUCUGAGAAGUUAGUUCGUCUGUUGUUUGAGAUGGCUAGAUUUUAUGCCCCUACCACGAUCUUCAUUGAUGAGAUAGAUUCUAUCUGCAGUCGAAGAGGAACCUCUGAUGAACAUGAGGCAAGUCGCAGGGUCAAGUCUGAACUGCUCAUUCAGAUGGAUGGAGUUGGAGGAGCUUUAGAAAAUGAUGAUCCUUCCAAAAUGGUUAUGGUAUUGGCUGCUACUAAUUUCCCGUGGGACAUUGAUGAAGCUUUGCGAAGAAGGUUAGAAAAAAGGAUAUAUAUACCUCUCCCAACAGGCCUCCCCAUACCCUCAGACACAACAAUACUGGAAUUAAGCCAGUUAAGAACUCUACAGUGGUCUCUAAGUGUUCAAGUGAAAAGGAAGAUGCAACUCAAGUGAAGGAAGAAUUACAUCUUCCUUUCCAUGUAAAGGAAGACAUUAUAUGAAAUCAGAAACUAGACACAAAUAAGCUUAGUGAGGAAAACAUGAUGAAAGCUGAGAUACACCAAAGCUAGACCUCUUAUGCCAGACAGCCAAGUUAUGAAUGAAAAGGAAAAGUUCUUGAAGGAAAUUAAAAGUGUUACUCGAGUAAACACAUGAAUGAUAAGAAAGUGAAACAGCCUUAUUGCUGAUAUGGAUAGAGUGAUCUGGAUAGAAGAUCAAACCAGCCACAACAUUUCCUUAAGCCACAGCCUAAUCCAGAGCAAGCCCCAACUCAAUUCUAUGAAGGUUGAGAUAGGUGAGGAAGCUGCAAGAAAAAAAAAAUUGGAAUCUCAGAGGUUGUUUCAUGAGGUUUAAAGAAAGAAGCCAUCUCCAUAACAUAAAAGUUCAAGGUAAAGCAGCAAGUACUGACACAGAAGCUGUAGCAAGUUAUCCAGAAGAACUAGCUAAGAUUCCUUUUGAAAUGCUACUGCUUACUGACAAUGCACCUAGGAUAUAUCAUCUUUGAUGGAGAUAUAUAAGGAAAUUCAUGUUGUUUUCAUGCCUGCUUACACAACAUUCAUUCUGCAGCCCAUGGAUCAAGGAGUCAUUUUGACUUUCGAGUCCUACUUUUAAGGAAUACUUUUCGUAAAGUUAUGGUUGCCAUAGAUGGUGAUUUGUAUGAUAAAUCUCGGCAAAGUAAAUUGAAAACCUUCUAGAAAAGAAUCAUCAUUCUAGAUGCCAUUAAGAACAUUUUUGAUUCAUGUGAGGAUGUCAGAACAUCAGUCUUAACAGGAGUUUGGAAGAAGUUAAUUCCAACCCUCAUGAAUGACCUUGAGGGGUUCAAGACUUUGGGUGGAGGACGUCACCACAGAUGUAAUGGAAAAGCAAGAUAACUAGCAUUAGAAGUGGUACUUGUAGUUGGGACUGGAUUGCUGCAAUCUCAUGAUAAAACUUGAACAGACAAGGGGUUGCUUCUUACAGAUGAGCAAAGAAAAUAAUUCUUGAGGUAGAAUCUCCCGUGAAGAUGCUGUGAACAUUGUUGAAAUAACAACAAAUAAUUUAGAAUAUUUUAUAAACUUAGUUGAUAAAACAGCAGCAGAUUUGAAGAGAAUCAAUUCCAAUUUCAAAAUAAGUGCUGUUAUGGGUAAAAUGCUAUCAGACAGCAUUGCAUGCUACAGAGAAAUCUUUCAUGCAGGGAAGAGACAACUGAUACAGCAGACUUGACUGUUUUCUUAUUUAAGAAGUGGAUACUGCCACCCCAACCUUCAGCAGCCACCACCCUGAUUCAUCAGCAUACAUCGACAUUGAGACGAGACCAUCCACGAGCCAAAAUAUUACAACUUGCUGAAGGCGGAGAUGAUUGUUAGCAUUUUUUUUUUUUUUUUAGCAAUAAAGUAUUUUUACACUAAGAUACCCAUUUUGUAGAUGUAAUGCUAUCGUACACUUAAUAGACUACAGUAUAUUGUAAAUAUAGCUUUUGUAUGCAUUGGGAAAUCAAGAAAUUCAUGUGACUCACUUUAUUGUGGUGAUCUGCAACCAAACCUGCAAUAUCUUCGCAUUUAGGAAGUUUUUGGCUAUUAUUUCUUCAAAAAAGCUCUUUGUUUCUCACUCAAUUCCUUCUGGAGCUUCCAUAGUAUGUAUAUUGAUCUAUUUUAUGGUAUCUAAGUCCCUUAGGCUUUCUUCACUUUUCUUCAUUCUUUUUCUUUUUUGUUUCUGACUUGAUUAUUUCAAAUGACCUGUCUUUGGGUUCACUAAGUAUUCUGCUUGAUCUAGACUGCUGUUGAUCCUCUUUAGUGAAUGUUUCAGUUCAGUUACUGUAUAUUUUAGCUCCAUAAUAUCUUUUUGGUUCUUUAUAUAGCUUCUGUCUGUUAAAUUCUUAUUUUGCUCAUGCAUUGUUCUCUUGAUUACAUUUAGUUGUUUUUCUGGGUUAUCGUGUAUUGUGCUGAGGUUCUUUAAGAUGAUUAUGUUGAAUUUUUUGUCAGAUAAUUCUUAGACCUUUGUUUUUUUAGGAUUGAUUCCUAGAAAUUAAUUUUUUUCCCUUUAUUGGUAUAUGUUUCUCUGUAACAUGUGCCUUGUUUUUUGUUGUUGGGAUUUCUGCAUUUGAAAGAAUAGCCAGCCCUUUCGAUCUUUAUGAACUCACUUUGUACAGAGGAAGACCUUCACCAAUCAUCCUGGCUGGAGAUUCUGAGGAUCUCUCAAACCUUUUGUGGGGCUAUUGCCUCUCUGGGCUUGUGCAUGUAAUUUCCCAAUUAGAGAGGUUUUCUGAUUUCUUUUUCAGGAGCUUGUAGUCUCUGUUGCUCCUUCUGUUAUCUAUCUUUGGUAUUGUAGCUUCUCUGGAACGCAACAAAUCUCUUAACUCUCUUUUGUUCUUUGUGGCCCCUGGGUCUCCAAGGUCUCCCAGUUCCAUCAGUCCUUCAAGUCAGGUGAAAUAGAAAUCAGUCCCUUGGGAAGUCCUCUGAAAAACUGAAACAUUAGACAUACAUUCCACUCUUCUCUUUCCCUCCCAAGUAAGAAGCCACAAGCUGGUUGCUUUCUCCCAACCAUAUGGAGCUGUGUUGGCUUUUGUCUACUGUAUUAUAAGUUGCUAGCGCAGCAACAACUUGCUGAGUUCUCUCUUUGUGCCUGCUGCAAGUGUGGCAAGGCAGAAACCAGUCCCUUGGGCAGUCCACUGAAAAGCUGGAAUGCUGGAUGUACAUUCCACUUUUCUCUUUUUCUCCUGAGGGAGAAGUUGUGAGGUAAACAUUUCCUCUUGAUUUCAUAGAGCUGUGCUAACUUGAGGAAGGAGCUGACUCAGUUAACAUGAAAUGGCUUUUCUUGGCCGGGCGCGGUGGCUCACGCCUGUAAUCCUAGCACUUUAGGAGGCCCA